AUGUCUUCCCAACCACAAUCCAAAUUUACCACCGCCCUCCUCGCUGGUGGACUUGCCGGGACCACCGUCGACCUCUCACUCUACCCUCUAGACACGUUAAAAACGCGUCUUCAAUCCUCCACCGGAUUCUUCGCAUCCGGAGGAUUCUCGGGCAUUUAUCGCGGGGUCGGGAGCGCAAUAGUUGGAUCUGCCCCCGGCGCAGCGCUCUUUUUCUGCACAUACGAAUACUCCAAGAGUUUCCUAUCUGCGCGGCGGCAUGCGAAUCAGGCCAAUGGAAGAGGAGCGGCGGAUUGGGAAGCGCCAAUUGAACAUAUGGCUGCUGCUAGUCUUGGGGAGGUCGCAGCAUGCGCAGUGAGAGUUCCUACGGAGGUGGUGAAGCAGCGGGCGCAGGCGGGCCAAUAUCCAUCUUCUCUGUUAGCUCUACGGGCGAUUUUGUCUCACCAUCGGACCAUUGGUAUACCUGGCGUGUGGAUGGAGCUAUAUCGGGGUUGGUUCGUCACCAUUAUGAGGGAAGUACCAUUCACGGUCAUACAGUUUCCACUGUGGGAGGCGAUGAAGGAAUAUAAGCGGCGGAAAUCUGGGAAGGACGAGAUCAGCGCGUUGGAGAGUGGAUUGUUUGGCAGUGCUGCUGGUGCUAUUGCUGCGGGAGUUACGACCCCUUUGGAUGUUCUUAAGACAAGGAUGAUGUUGGCCAAGGAAAAGACAGCUAUGAUCCCUUUGCUGAAGCAGAUAUUGAAGGAUAAUGGCCCGAGAGCUUUCGUUGCUGGUAUUGGGCCAAGAGUCCUCUGGAUUAGUGCCGGAGGUGCCAUAUUCCUGGGUUCGUACCAGUGGGCAUACAAUUCUCUAUCUCAGCAGAGGCCGAAAUAG